CUCUUCGUCCAGCAGGGGUCCAUGGCUUCUGUGAAAUGGUCUGGAGUGGGCUUGCAGUGGUAACACCAAAGGCUGAUGGUCUUUCGGUAUUCUGCACUCUUACUGGUCAGAACCUACACUUGGCUGCGUCUCCAUUGGUUCCUGAGUCUAUCCAAGAUGAAUAUGCAAAUAAGUCUGAUUAAUAUUUGAGGACUAGCAACUGCGCAACUGCACUCUGGUGGAGCAUCGUGGGGGCGUGACGGUCGAUCCGGCAAGAGAGUGAAACGAUGUUUUAACUUCUCGGUGGAAAAUUAAAAGCUCAUUCGUCUGCAAUUGUUUGGGAGUAAACAUUUAUGAAUUCGACAAGCAUUUUCCACGUUCUGAGCUCUCCGAUGCCUGGUCCCACCAUGCCUGUGGCCAUGCAGCUGUACCUCGCCCACUCUCCUCCCCCUCUGCGGAGCUUCCUGAGCUCCUACGAGGACUGUCGCGCCUGCAGCCUCUCUGGGGUCUCCCCCCACCGCUGCAAGCCCCUGCGCCCCUGCCUGAGCGCCAGGCCCGGCCUGGCAGAGCCGCCCUGCCUGGGCUGGCAGACGCCCAAAGCCAAGGGCAAGAAGCGGGUGGUGUUCGCCGACUCCAAGGGCAUGUCCCUGACGGCCGUGCACCUCUUCUCCAAAUCGGAGGACAAGGAGGCGGCGCUGCUUGCGACGACGACGACGUCAUCGCCGGAGCUCACGCAGCUGCAGUUCGACCUGACGGAGCUGGAGAGCGCCGUGGCGGCGACGACGACGCUGCGGGUCAGCCCCUCGCCAGGCCUGGCGCUGGACUUUGCCCAGCCGUCCGCCGACUACCUGGACUUCCGCAGCAGGCUGCUGAGGAACGGCGUGUGCCUGGAGAACUGCACGCUGCAGGAGCGCUCGCUCACCGGCACCGUCAAGGUGCGCAACCUGGCCUUCGAGAAGUCCGUCCAGGUGCGCAUCACCUUCGACUCGUGGCAGAGCUUCACGGACACGGAGUGCACCUUCAUGAACAACGUCUACGGUUGCCAGGAUACAGACAUCUUCUCCUUUGCCAUCGAGCUGCCGGGCUACGUCGCCCCCAACAACCGGGUGGAGUUCUGCAUAUGCUACAGGCCAGCUGGCCAGAUCUUCUGGGACAACAACGACGGCAACAACUACAGGCUGGUCCCGGCGCCAUGGAAACACAACGGCGAGUGGUCCCCUCCAGCCAAUAAGAAGAAGGAAACGGUGACGCCCAAGAAGCCAAUUCGGAGGCUGUGCUCUCAGUUCGACAAACUGGGAAGCCCGCAGGCCACCAGUGGACUCUUUGCAGACUGGCAGAGUUGGGGCCACAUAGAGAACACCAUCCCCUACUGGUGAAGCUCGCCUGGCGGUGAUGGUGGUGCCGCACCUUCCCCAAAUGAUCCCCAUCAUCUCUCUGCAUGCAUGUAUGGGUGUGACGAUAAUGUAACAAAUGGUUGCAAAACAGACUUGAUCUUAUAUGUAAUCCACUAGUGCCUUAAUUAGUGUACUAUGUACUAUGUAUAGACCAUGAAUCUUAGCUGUGGAUGUCUUCAGCCUGUUGUCUUGACCAGAUCAGCUGGACCUGUAUGGUCUUACAGACUUUGCACGCAACUGAGCCUCGUCUCUAGGCCAUUUCAAAUGAAGAAAAUUGAAGACUGGAAUGCGUUUGCAUAUACACACGCAGGCGACGUCCUUCAUAUUGAAGGUGUUUGCUCUUAAAAGUGUCUGUUUGUCAGAGGGGACGUUUCAGGUAAAUGAGAAUAAUUAUUAUGCAAAUUUCUUCUCAAACACAUUUGAACUUGCAAUAGAUUAAAAUGUCACAUAGAACCUUACUAUACUCAUGACCCUCUCCAGUGCCUUGGCAAUGUUUGUCUUUUCUUGUCACAAUGUUUCUAUUAUUGUGAUAUUUGUAGUGAAACUACAGAUACAAUGGAAUCAGUAGGCUUGCUAUAGCUGACAGUAAAUUGAAUGUAAAUCUUUUGGAUUGAGAAGGAUUGUUUUUGUGUUUCCAGUGCCCUUUCCCUAGCAUUUUCUGAAAAGCUCAUCCUCUGACUCGUAGCCUUGUUGGUGAAAUCAACAGUUUCUUUUAUUACUUGUUUUUCCAAUAUGUGCAAUGCAAAACCUCUGGUAGUGUGUGUGAUUGUGCUGUGAUUGCUCUACGUGUGUGGGUAACAGAGAGAAUGUGUUAAAUGUUAUGAUGUUGGAAAUGGUCUUUGUAAAUAAACUUUUGUAUUCUAUCUA